AAGUUAAAUGACGAGGUGGGGGAGGUUAUAAAGGCAGACUCUAGGUACUCCAAUGUAAGUACGAGUGCGCAAUGAAGCGACUGAAGACAUUCACGUUGGGCGUUGCGUUUCUAGUGUUAAUUACUGCUAACGUUGGCACGGGCGAGGAGGGUAAAUGCCGAUCGGGAUGUAAGGGGGGUGCGGCAAAGACGUUUAAGUAUGCGGAAGGUACGACGUACAAGUACAAUUUGGAGGGAAACGUCGACAUUUCGUUGUCGUCGGCCGAAGGACAGAUCAGCAAUACGAAAUUGAAGGCGACGGUGCUGUUGACGCAGUUGAGCCAGUGCAAUCAACUGUUGAGGCUGCAGAACGUGCAGGUGAUCGGACCGGACGCGAAGAAAUAUGGCAACCUGGCGGGCAUCGAGAAGCCGAUACGUGUCAACUUCAACGACGGCCAGAUCGAGGAUAGCAUCUGCACGAAUGCGGACGACAAUCAGAACUCGCUCAACAUCAAGCGGGCCGUCGCGUCGCUGUUCCAGGCGGCGAUUAAGGAGCAUUACGAGACUGACGUUUUCGGCGUGUGCCCGGUCGAUAUAAACACGCGCAAAGAUGGGGCGUUUUUGAUCGUGCAGAAGAGUCGCCAUUUGAAUCGGUGUGGGCACCGCGAAACUAUCAGUCAGGAUUUCACAGCUACGGCGUUCAACUUGGACAGCGACAUAAAAUCGACGCCGAUAUUGAAUGGAGAUUACAUGUCGGAGCAGCGAAUCAAGAAUGGAAUUUUGGACUACGCGUCGAUCACCGAAAAUUACCUACACAUGCCGUUCUCGGUCGGUAAAAAUGGCGCGAAAGCGACCGCCUUCACGAAGAUUCAGUUCGCGGGCAGCGUCAAGGAAUCGCCGCAGGACACGACGAACACGCCUCGUUCGAUUAUUUUCGAAAAUCCCCACUUGAUCACGGCCGAUCAGAAUAACGUGGACGCCAUCUUAACCGCGCUCAAGGACGCGAAGGGCACCAUCGACGUUACGGUUAAGGAGAACUCCGCCAGAGCGUUCAUGAAUCUGUUUAAAAUUCUGAGAGCAUCCAAGAAGGACGACAUACUGACGGUAUUCCGACAGGUCAAGAGCGGCGCAGGUUUCAAGGACAAGGAGGGUACGCGGAAGGUGUUUUUGGACGCGGUUUUACGCGCAGGUACCGGUGAGUGCAUUGAGGUUGGUAUCGAGCUACUCAAGAGUAAGGAGUUGGGCGUCAUCGAGCAAAAAAUGGUCUAUCUGAGCUUGGCGUUUGUGAAACAUGCGACCGCAGAAUCACUGUCGGCAGCCACCACACUAUUGGACCAAGAUAUUCCCCGCGAGGCGUACCUAGGUAUAGGAACGCUCGCGCGGCGCUUCUGCGGGCAGCAUUCUUGCGAUAAGGUCGCCGCUGUCGGCCAACUUGUCGAAAAGCUCGUCGCCAAACUGGGAACUGGAAAACCGAGGGCCCGCAAGGACGAAAAUGAAAUGAUUAACGCUUUGAAGGCGCUGAGCAACAUGGGGGUGAUAACCGACACCGCAAUUCCUAAGGUCACCGCAAUCGCUCAAGAUAAGAAAGCUCCGUCCCGUCUGCGCGUCGCCGCCCUUCAAGCGUACAUGGCGAAUGCAUGCAAGGAUCCGAUCAGAGACAGCGCAAUUAACAUCCUGAAGGACAUACAGCAAGACAGCGAGUUUCGCAUCAAAGCCUAUUUGGUUGUCGCGAAAUGCCCCACCGGUAAAACCGCAAACACCAUCAAGGCUCUGCUCGACAAGGAACCCAGCUAUCAAGUCGGAGGUUUUAUUCUCACUCACAUUCGCAGCUUAAAGGCGUCGGUCAAUCCGGACAAGAACCUCGCGAAGCACUUCCUCGGCAUGAUCAACACGAACAGGCAGUUUCCGUUCGACGUCCGCAAGUUCUCCUUCCACGCCGAACAAUCAGGCUCGCUCUCCUCGUACGGACUUGGGGGAGCGCUCGAGGCGAACGUGAUCUACUCGCAGGAAUCCUUCCUACCGACGUCCAUCGACUUCAACGUCACCGCCGAGGUGUUCGGCGCGUCGUACAACUUCCUCGAGGUCGGUUUCCGCCAGGAAAAUCUCGGACACCUGCUCGAGCACUACGUCGGCCCGCUGGGCGCGCUUAACGUCGACAAGCCCGAAGAUCUCGUCAACACCGGCAAAACGUCACUCGAGAAAUUGGCGAAGCACUUUCAGCAGCGCCUCGCGAAGAGUCGCGGCAAGCGAGACGUCGCGAAGGGCGACAUCGAGGCGAUCGGCAAGCAGACCCAGAUCAAGACGCACGAUCUGAACAAGGACCUCGACAUCGAUUUUAGUGUGAAAAUGUUCGGGUCCGAAUUGAUGUUCCUGAGCAUGAACGAUCAGGUUGGGAAUAUGUCGCCGGAUAGUCUGCUCGACCAGAUCUUCGAUCGGUUGGAUGAGGGGAUCAACGAGGUGAAGAGUUUGGAGAAGUCGAUUCAGUCGAAUUGUAUCUUUAUCGAUUCCGAGUUUAGCUAUCCGACGGCGCUUGGUUUUCCGUUGAGGGUGAGUGUCGAGGGGACCACGUCGUGGCAGAUGAAGGUGGCGAGUAAGCUUGACGUGCGGGCUUUACUGAGUGACGGUCAGUCUAAUCUGAUUAAGCUGUCGUUUAUACCCAGUGCGAACAUCGAGGUUUCGGGAAGUUUGACAAUCGACGCGCAGGUCGUUGAAGGUGGGCUCAAGUUUAGCUCUACCCUGUAUACUGCCACCGGUAGUGCGUUGAAUAUUGUUACGUCGGACAAUGGGCAGACACUUGACGUUGAGUACUCGUUGCCGGUUCAGGAGCAGAAGCUCGUCUCGGUUAGUCACGAUAUCGUGUUCAACACGCGCGAGUUGGGCAAGCCCGAGCAGAACCACCCGCUCAAGUUCGGCCAGAAUAAGGACUUCGCGGUGUGUAUCGAUCAGCUCUCGCCGUUUAUUGGCGUUGUGUUCUGCGCGGACAUUAACAGCCCUCCGGCUCAUACAGCUCACGGAGUCGUGCUACCUUAUCCACUGGCCGGAAACGCAAAGUUCUCCAUCGGCAUACAGCGCGAGGACUUAUCCCACAUUCAUUUCAACGCUAAAAGAUAUAACGAGGUAAACAAAGUGGGCGAGGAAUACUUGAUCGAAACAAUCGGCGCUAAGAACGAUAAGAAAAUCGGCUUGAAGCUCGAAGCGUUGGCGCUGGCCGACACGGCUUAUGUUCGAGCACAGCUGAUAACGCCAACGAAUCCGAAUUCGCCGAUAGGGCCGCUAACGGUGGAGGGACGAGUGACCUAUUCCAACACGGAGAAGUCCAUAUCGGCCCAGGUCGACAGAGGUAGCAAGCAGUACUUGGCCAAGCUCGGUUUUACGAUCCAGGGCGAUGAAAAGAGAAGCGUCUACAAACCCCUCAUUCAGUACAACGGUCCGGGAAUCAAAGGAAGAGAAAUGCCGCUUAAGGUCGAAGGAACAAUCGAUGCGGAACGUACAGGGGACGUCGUCAAAUACGUGUUUAAUAACGUGCGCGUCAUUGGUGCGAAUCAAAAGGUCAUUAACGUACAGGGAAAUGUCGUUCAUGGGCCUUCGGCUAGUUUGAGUACAGAUCUGACCGUAUCGGACGAUCGCAACUCCGGCUCGCUCAUUGGAAAAAUCGCCGUGGAUCGCAGUACCUUAGCGCUCGACGCCGAAAUGAAGAACUCCUUCAGCCCGGACGCCAACUUUAAACUACAGUACUCGGUGGUCUUCAGCGGUUUCGACAGUAACCUUCAGUUCGUGCACGGACGCGAUCUCUCCUCUCAGACCAAUCGACUCACGCUCAACAACAAGAUCUCCUUCAAACACGAAUCGGGAGCCGGCAAAAAUUUCGUCACGAAAAAUAAAUUCGCCUAUCCCGCCAUCGGCACCGAGUCCGAGUUCAAUCUUCAGGUCCAGGCCAAAAAAAUCGAGUACGACGCGAAGCUGCAUUACGGCGCGCUGAAAACCGGCACGGAGCUCAAACUGAAAUGGGGCGGAAAAUCCAAGCACGACUUCAACUUGAACUUUAAAGGCUACGGUCUCGACAACAAAAUCGAAGGGCACUCCACGAGGGAGGUGACCGGAGACAAGUCGAAGAUAACCAACUUGCUCGCGAUCAACGGCAACAAGUUCCAAGUGGACGGCAUGAUCACGCAUCACAUCAAGCGCGAGGAUAUCAACGUCGGAGCGGAUUUGGUCAUUAGAAUUCCGGGUGCAAGCGAUAGCUUCAAGUUACUAUACGGCUAUGUUCUCAAGCCGAAUAAUCUCGACACCUCUUUGAAAAUUGAGUCCGGUGCCAACACAUAUGUCGACAUCACGCUUAAGGGCAACCGGGCCGGAAACGCCAACGGAAAUUUGAAGAUCACACUCAAGGACUUUUUAUCUGGUAACGGGCAGCUGAAGGUAACCAAAGGGACGGGAAACGCCUUUGUCGUGUUCGACUUCACCAAAUUCCAUCGUAAAUUAAAACUGGACAGCAGCUUCACGCUCGCAGCCCCACAGUUCGACAUGCUCUUCACCUUCUACCCCAACUUCGAGAAGGACAACAGCAAAAUGGUGAUUUCGACGCAGAACCAAGUCAAGCCCAACUUCUUCGAUUCAAAGAACUUCAUCGAGAUCGCCGGCAAAAAGCUGGAGGCCAACCUGAAGGGGUCGUCCGAUGGCACGUUUAAAAACGGCAAGCAGAACGGCGAAUUGGAGAUCACGCUACCGACAAACCACUACUUCUGCGCCAAGUUGGAUCGCGAACGUAAGGACGAGAACGGAAACGGAAACAUGCACCUUGUCUUGGAGAAGCGCAACGAUAAAAACUCGCCCGGCGACAAGCUGGACAUUAGCGGCACGCUGAAGGACGCGAACCGCGCCAAGGGCUUCUACGAUCUGUCCUACGUGAUCAACGCCGAAAGCGCGAAGGGCAAGAACCUCAUUCUUCAAGUCGGAACCAAGCGCCAACAGCAGGGCGAUCAGUAUUACGUCGACGGCAACGCGAGGCUCUCCGGUUCGGCGAUCACCGACGAACUGGUGAUUAACAGCAACCUUCUGUACAAGGGUCUCGUGGGAAGCUACGCCGUUAAUUCGAGAUACGGACAGAACAACAUGUUGAACGUGAACGGCAAGGUGGACUUGGACAACGGCGAUCGCAAGAUGAUGGCCGAGGCGGGUAUCGAACUGAAAACCGGAAGUAGCAUGCUACAGUCGGCCAAAUUCGGGUGCAUGGGAUCGAUCGAGCAGGCCGAACAGCUGAAACUUGACGGCAACGUGUUCCUUUUCAUGGAUGACAGUGAUGCGAAAACCGAUCCGAUAGUUGACGUGAAGCUGUCAGGCGAAGGUAGCAUUGGAAUUACGUCCGGAACGCUUAAGGGGACGGCUCAACUGCAGAAGAUCGAUCCCAUCAGCGGAACCUUAACCUACGAGACGUCGAACAACAAGCUGAACGGUCAGUGGACGAUGAACUACAAAAAGGAUAAGACCGUGAAGCUCGACCUGACCCUAACGAAGCCCAACGAGCACGAGUACAACGUGGACUUAAAGUUGGACUCGCCCGACGCGCCUGGAACGCGUCUCGAGAUCAAGAGCAGGGAAUCCCCCGACGGAAAGACCUUAAAGAACGACAUCACGCUGACGGCGAACAAAAAGAAGUUCAGUUUGGUUAACGAGCUGGUGCUGUCCGAAAUCGCGCCCGCGUUCGACAUCAAGCUGACCUACCCGAGCGGCAAGAGCGACCACUUCGCGGCGAAGUUCAACAAAAUCAGCCCCCAACACGUUAGCGGCGAAUUAAAGGUGGCGGUGAGCUACAACAACUUCGAGCUGACGAGCGAUUGGGACGCCAACCUCGAUAACAUCGACAACUUCGUCGUCAAACUCAAAGUGCACUCGCCGCCCUUAAAGCUGGACAACGUCAACUUGCUAGUCUCGAAUAAGCCUGGGGGAAAGGCCGGGAAGAAGAUCCAGGUUACAGCGACGUCGGCGGGAAAGAACUUGCUGACUGGAACCACCACAUACAAGGUACGCGAGGAGGGGGACAAGUACAUAGUCGAAGGCUCGGGAACGUUCAAAAUACGAGACGUGUCGAAGCAGUCCAACUUCAAGUUCAUCCGGCAGAGGCUGUUGAGUGGAAGGAGCGGGGAAGAGGGCUCCGAGAUCUCGUUCAACGCCGCCGUGGGCUCGCAGGCCAUCGACGCCGAGUUUAAGGCGACCGACAAGCAAUUCAGAAUUAUGAGCUCGUACUGCGAAGAGAAACAGCAAUGCGCUCACAUUGAAAUUGACUCGAAGACUAACAUUGCAACGCUGGGCGAGUACAACAACGAGCUGGAGGUGGCGCUGGAUCUGCGCAAUAUCGGGCUGUCCCACGAGUUCGGCCUGAAAGGUGUGACCAUGCGAAAAGGGUUCGUUCUCGAUCACAAUGUCGACAUCUACUUCCAAGACAAGGCGAAUAAGUACCAGUACAGCGUGCGCGUUCAUCCGAACGAAGCCGGCGCCCAGCUCACCACCCCGAAACGGAUCGUCUCGCUUGAGGGAACGGUGCAGAUACCGAGGUCCGCGCAGGACAAAAAGGCCUUCAAAGCCGAACUCGCCUUCUACCUGGACAAGCGCAAUCGGCCGGACCAAAAGUCGGCCGUCUCCGCGUCGUUCAACUGCGUCGACGGCAAGGCGAACAACUGCAAUGCCGAGCUCAGAUUUACCAAUCCGAGCACGAGCAAGGAUCUGACUGUCAAGUACUCGUCCAAGUACGAUCUAGAGAGGCUGUCGCUCGAGCAGAACGUCGUCAUUGACGUGUUCGCGAAUCCGCAACAGCAAAUCGUUAUGUCCGUCGACGCGCGGGGCGCUCGCGUCGGUGAGAGUAAUUUCGAGUAUAAGGGGUUGUACGAGGUUAAGAGUCAGGGCUUGAACCUGCAUAUUAAACACGACGAGGAAAUUAGUUUCGACUAUCGUACGUUUGAGGGUAAGUUAAUAGAGCUCACGACCGUUACCGUUGGCAGCCGGAGGCAAGUGACGGGCAUGGAGCUCGUGCUCAACCGUCAGCAGGCAUCGCUGAGUGUAAAGGUGUGCGAUAAGAGCCUAAUCAACGCGCAGUCGCGUCUGCAAAUCAGCGACAACCAGGUGAUCGCGAACACGAACAUCGACAUCGUGGGGAUGUCGCCCAUGGAGAGUCACCUAGAGCUUACGAAACCAGGCACGCUGCAAUACACCUUCAACAACAAGGCGACGCCGAAUGACAAGUACAGCGUGCGCGCCGCGUUUGUGCCCCACCAGAUUGCCGAAGUUAACGUGGAGUUUCAACAAGGCGGAGCGAAAAUACCUCUAGCAAAUGGCUACGUUAAACUGGACGAGAAGAACUUCUUCAAGAGCGACGGGAAAAUUAACGGCGAGAACAUCAAGAAGCACGUUGUUUCGCGGAUCACAAACGACUUCGGUCGUUUUGUAAGGGAAAUCCAGGCCGUAACCGACGCCGCAGUCAAAGACUGCAGCAUUGAGGUUGCGACCGUGGCGGAAGCCCUCAAGAACAGCGCGCCCAGUUUGAAACCUCUAAGCGACUAUUACCACACCGAGCUGCAGAAGCUGCACGACGAGGUGACCAGCGACAAAACCCUGAAAGAAAUCGAGGACUUCCUCAAAUCGCUCUUCGGCGCGUUCGCCGCCUCCGCCCAGGAGGUCUUCAGCCGCAUCAGCGAAAUCGUCGAUCACGUCGUCGUAACCGUUCAGCAGCAGACUGCGAAGACCAUUGAAAUUAUGAACAAGGAGCUAAUUCCGAAACUGGCCGAGAUAAUGAAGACCGUCACCCAGGUGUCCGUUAAGGUCCUCAACGAAUUCUGCGACCUCGCUUUCACGUACAUAGCGAAAAUCGUGUCGAUGGUCGACGCCCACCAGGAGGAAAUCAGUCGAUUCAUGGUGACCGGCUCGGCCGUCAUUCAGGAUCUCGCCCGCGCGCUUUACAAAGUCGGCAAGCACGCGCAGAUCGUUGUCGCGAAGGAAUGGAACGAGUUCGCGCAGGGACUCGCGAAGUUCCCCGUCGUCGAAGAGCUCAAGAUGAGGUACGAGCAGCUCAUGAACGGCGUCGACAUUCCUCCGGUGCUGAUCAACACGAUCAAGGAGGCGAUCAUGACCAUUAAGGACCUCAUGCCGACCCAGGAACUGAAGAAGCUCGUCGCCGCGUUCGGCGACUACGUCGAGAAGAAACUGAAGCGCGAGAAGAUCGACGACUUAUCUGCGGUACAGAAUAUGAUCAGCAUUUUAAUUUCGGCUAUCGAUAGGGUGUUCAGUGCGAUCAGUACGGAUAAGAUGUUGCCCUCUACUGAUGGUUCGCUGUCGCUGUUACCGACCGAUAUCAUAAGGAACUGGUCCAGGAUGGGCUUCCUGCGUCUCUCCUCAAUUAACUACCUGAAAGAGGAGCCUCUGCCCAACCUUCGCGAUUUGUUGUACUCGUUCUCGCUGAAUCCACGUCAUUGGGUGCCGCCUUAUCAGCUGGACGCGGUCAUCGUGCAAGGCCAGCACCUGUUCACCUUCGACGGAAAGCAUCUCACAUUCCCCGGCGAUUGCAGCUACCUCCUGUCACGUGACUCGCUCAACGGCAACUUCUCGAUCGUCGGCACGCUGAAGCAAGGUCUGCUUGAGGGAAUUACUUUCGCCGACAAGAACCGCAUGGUGACCUUGAAGAAAGGCAACGCCGUCUUUGUUAACAACGCUGUCCACGAGCUUCCCGCGCGCUUCCCCGGAUUGGAGGUGUUUUGGGCCAACAAUUUGAUGCAAAUUGUCUCGAAGGUCGGCGUGCGGAUUGAGUGCGAUUCCGAUUUGGUCGUAUGCAAGGUGAAAGUUUCCGGUUUCUACCACGGACAGCUCCGAGGACUUUUGGGUAACGGUAACAUGGAGCCGUUCGACGACUACAUGAUACCCAACGGGAAAAUUGUCACGUCGGAGAGCGAGUUCGGUAACAGUUACAAGAUGAACGCCAACUGCGCGCCGGUCAAAACCGUCGAUCACAGUGUGCACAAUCACAAUCCGAUCUGCAAUGCGGUCUUCGGCGACGACUCCUCGCUGCGUCUUUGCUAUCCGUUCGUCAAUCCCGAAAACUACAAGACCGCCUGCGAUCACGGAAUAGCCGCAGGCGUUAAGGAUACCGAAAAGGCGAUCGUGAGGGGAUAUCUCUCGCGCUGUCACGAGAAGUUCAUUCCCAUUCGCCUGCCCAACGACUACAUGAAAUGCACAAAUGGCGACCAACCACGCGACAUCGGCGACAUCUUUAGCGUCAAAACGCCCUCGAAAGCCGCGGACAUUGUUGUCAUAGUCGAUCAAAUCAAAUCAAACGAAGUCGUCUAUAAGGAGCUGCUGCAACCCGCCGUCGCUCAACUGUUAACCGACCUGAACGGCAAAGGAAUAACUGACAUCGAGAUGCAUUUAAUAACGUACGGCGGUGAAUUCGAGGAGUGGCCCUCGCACCACACGAUCGGCGGAAAGCUGCAGUUCAAGGGGAAGCUGCCCAACCUGAAAUUCACCGAGGAGCCGAAACCGAAAUCGACCGAACACUUUUUGGAAGUACUGAGAGACGCGUGCAAGAAGCUCAAAACGCUCUCCGGCGAGACGGCACAGCAACGCGCCUUCGACGAAGCGCUGCGUCAUCCGUUCAGGGCACAGGCCGCGAAGACGAUAAUCGCGUUGACCGGAAAGCCGUGCGAGGAGGGUGUCGUCAUCGGGCUUCAGAAACUGAAAGGCCUGUUUAACAUCGACGAGCAGGUGUCGUUCAAUCUCAUCACGCCGAUCGACAAGUUCUCCGUGGGCGAUCCGAAGUUCACCAAGAACGUCAUCGGUUUCAACUCCGACAACGUCUUCUCGACGACCGACUCGAAGAAGAAACUAGAAGGCAGCUCGGACAAGCACUCCGAAUUGGACUACAGCGACGACUGCGUCGACGUCUCCCUGAAACGGCGCGGUAACGUCUUCGUCGUCAACAACUUCGUGCCGGCCAAGCCGCCCGUACGCAAGCAAUUCGUGCAGGUCGCGUCGCACAACAUCGCCGAGCACAUGACGAGCGUGGAGUACGAUCUGGACUGCGAGUGCCGGCUGGUGUCGCUCUUUGAGGCUCAGAACGUUUGUAAAAUUGUCAACGCAAACGAGGUAACGAAAACCGCCGGACAAAAAGGCUGAGAACUAAUCCAUCACUUCAUUUAUUAUAUUUGUUUAUUUUAAGUGUUUUAUUAAUGAAAAAAUAAAUAUUUUAUAAAAA